GAGGACUGUCUGCGUGGCGGAGGAAUACACUGUUAUAUAGCCGCGGACUGAACGUUAACACACCUACAGUACUGUGUGGAGGUCUUGGUGCGAACGUGUGGUGGCUGUAUAUAUAUUAGUCCAGUUUAACACUCGGAACAAGAACAGUCAAACAUGGCUGACCAACUGACUGAAGAGCAGAUUGCUGAGUUCAAGGAGGCCUUCUCCUUAUUCGACAAGGACGGCGAUGGCACCAUCACGACGAAAGAGCUGGGCACCGUCAUGAGGUCACUGGGUCAGAACCCAACAGAGGCAGAGUUGCAAGACAUGAUAAACGAGGUGGACGCAGAUGGUAAUGGAACAAUUGACUUCCCUGAAUUCUUGACUAUGAUGGCCAGGAAAAUGAAAGACACAGAUAGUGAAGAGGAGAUUCGUGAGGCCUUCCGGGUGUUUGACAAGGAUGGUAAUGGUUACAUCAGUGCAGCCGAAUUGCGUCACGUCAUGACAAACCUAGGAGAAAAAUUAACAGACGAAGAAGUAGACGAAAUGAUCAGAGAAGCAGAUAUUGACGGAGAUGGACAAGUCAAUUAUGAAGAAUUUGUACAAAUGAUGACUGCAAAAUGAAGCCCUCCUGACCUUCCCUUGUCCCUCUUAGAAGAAAAAUCAGUUGAAUCUUUUACUUACCUCUUGCAAAAAUGUUCAUUUAUUCAUACUGUUUCUGUAUAGAAAACAUUAUUGAAUGUUGAAAAAAAAAAAAAAAAGAAAAAUCUUCUCUCCAAAAAAAAAGAAAAAAAAAAAACUGCAUGUAAUGGUUGGUGGUCUUGUCCCCAGAAAUCAGUAAAGCAUCAAUUACAAAUUCCUAUACUACCUUAACAAAAACAACGAUUUAAAAAAAAAAAAAAGCACUUGGUGAACUCCUUCAGUUCAAUUUGCUAGGAAUACUGUUUGGGCUGGCCAUUUUUUUCAUGCAUGCAGCUUGAGAGUUGAGCACAGUCCUGACGUUUUAAAACAUGUGCUAAUUCCACUCAAUGUUGUAUUGUGGGUAUAGUACAAGUUGUAUUUGGUUUACCUGAGAAUGAAAUGAAAAAAAACAAAA